AAGGACAAUGGCUCCUCGAAAGGGAAGCAAGGGCAGUGCCAAUGCGAAAGACCCCCUUCUCAAAAAGGAAGCAGACAAGACAAAAGGGAAAAAGGCAAAAGAUGGCGCGAAUGGAGGCUCGCCUCAAAAGAGGACUCUUAAUCCAGUCUUUCUAGCGAUGAUUGGGAAUUUCCUUAGUGCAUAUGGGUUCCAUGAAACCAAAGCCGUAUUUGACACCGAAGUCACUAGAGUAGGAGUCGCUGGGAAAAGUAAAUCCAAAUCCAAAUCCCAGCCGAAGGAAACGGUUGAAGGAGCCUCGAGCCCUCCUUGUGUACUUGACCUGUUUGAAUCUUGGGAUCAACAAGGUCAGCUAAUGAAGUCACAUAAACUUGAUGAGAAGAGAAGAUCGGAACAAAAUGCCGAUGGCGGGAAUAAGGGUAGUGAGAAUAUAGCUACAUCCGAUGAUUCUAGCGAUUCCGAUGCUUCCGCCUCUGAUGAUUCGAGCAUCUCGAGUAGCUCUUCCAGCAGUUCUAGCUCUUCCAGCUCCUCUUCCAGCUCAGCAUCUGCCGACAGCUCUGACUCUUCCAGCUCCUCUUCCGACUCCUCCUCCGGCCCGUCCGGGAGUGAUGACAGCUCAGACAACCAAAGCGCCCGGAAUUUGAACGGCAAAAAGAAAAGUUCAGGCCAACUACUGAAGCGAAAAUAUGAGUCGUCCUCGGAUCCUUCUUCCUCGGAUUCGGAGUCUGACUCUCCUUCGGCGAAGCGACCUAGGUUAGACAAGGACAAACUUAACAAAUCAAUUAAAUCAGCAUCGUCCCCUAAAUCUGAGUCGUCCGAUUCUGAUUCUGGCUCCUCCUCGACAACUUCAUCUUCGAAUUCCUCACAAUCGGAGAAAUCUAAGUCGGCUAAAGCAAAGAAGCCUGCGAAAGUGAAAGAUGUUGACUCCGGCAGCGACAGCGAUAGCGAAUCUAGUGAUUCAUCCUCUACCUCCUCAUCUUCUUCAUCCUCUGACGAGUCUGACUCCGAUUCUUCAAAGGACGAAAAACCAGCUUCUGCCAUCGAUAAUCGGGAAUCGUCCGCAGGUUCCAGUACAACCUUGCAUGACGCUUCAUCUAGCUCCCCCGAUGCUCUCAACACAGGCAAUGGGAAAUCUGACAACCCAACUGACAGCACCGCUCUCACAAGAUCUAACUCAACUUCUAAUGACUCUGCCCCACGCUAUAGAGGCGCUAAGCCCACUCCUCUAGCAAUUGCUAGCGAACAAUGGCACAAUCACCCAUCCAACGAAUACGUGCCUUACGCAUAUGCGGAUCGCGCCCACAAGGAUCUCUCUGUAACCCGCGGCAAAGGUUUCACGAAGGAAAAAAACAAAAAGAAACGUGGCUCAUACCGUGGGGGCCCUAUCGAUAUCGGACCCGGCAAGGGGUUUAAGUUUGAAGACUAAAUCAAUUUAAACUACUGGGUUUCCUCGGGCACUUAUGUUAAGAAGUCCGUUAUCCUUAGCAUGGCAUCAUCACGAGUAUCAGAUCUGCUGUUUCUGUCAUUGCUUGCUUCUCAAGUUAUCCGCGGUGUGCCACAGAUCGGGAACUGGCAGUUAGGUUUUUGGUCCGUUGGCGCGGUGACGAUAUAUCUGUCCGAUCCCAGAGGUUUCCAUAACCGCUGUCGGCCGUUUUUACGCUCUUAUUCAAUGAGCCCUCCCCCCCCGCGGCUAGCAUCUUUAGCGAGGAGUUAUAGGCGGCGUAACCUCUCUAGAGCCUAUGUUAGAUUAUGCGCCUAGGUCCGGAGUAAACAAAAGUAUACUCGAAUUACAUCACUCUAUCCCAUUCCAUUCUCUCUGAUCCUCAAACGCCCUAACUUCUUUAUAUACGUACCAUAAUUUUUUUACUUUAUUAUUGUUGAAUGAAAGCCAUGGUUAUGUCUAGCAUAUAUAACCGGCCCCAUUCUAUGACACUCUUCGCCAUGUUCCCCCCGUCACUUUAUUCCUUACAACCCAAGGUUGGAACCAUCUCCGAUCCCAGCCGGGGAUUCUCACUUCGCUCUUACUCAAUUCACUACGGGAUUCCUCGUCCAACGCCAUCCAGAGGGGAUCCUGCAUCAUGAGUCUCACUCCUCUACCCUGAUCCCUAGGAAACGGCCGUUCAUAACAGGACAAGUCCAAGGGUUGGCAAUCGACACCACCAUGUUGAUCUAAUCCCAGGUCUAGGUUGCGUUGGUACCACUCCUUGUUUUUGCCGGCUAGGUCAUCUGUCGAUACCAUGUCAAGGCGGAUCACGCUGUCUUCAACGCCAAUAUAGAAUGUUGAUGAGGACGGAGAGGGCUGAGAGAUUGUGUAAAUUGGUCCGCGAUAACGGUGGGGUUCGCGUAAACGGUUCAAUCUUCGGCCUGGGAGGUUUUGAAUGCGGUUCGAUAAGAAUAUAGAUAUGUCUUUACUUGGGAAUAGGACUGUUUCUGGUCGUUCCGGACGAUUGUGAUUGCUCAUUGAGUCAAUGUGAGGCCUCGCUGCUGGGAGGGCAGCAUCCAAGUAGCUGUAUCGUCCCAUGCGCAUAUCGAAGAUCUUCACCAGAGCAUGGAUGCCGCUACCCACGACGAAGCGUUCGCGACCGAUGGGUUUGAGACUGUAGAUAGGACUGUCAUCGACGGUAUCUGAGAAAACUGACACAAUCGAACUUGGGGAGCGAAGGUCAUGCAGCCUGGGAGACCUGUUAGAAGUCGACUUCUUACCGCGCCACUCUGGAGGGGAACUUGCCUCGUUUUACUAUCUUCCCAGCCGGACAAAAAAAGGUCGCCAGGGUUGCCGCCAGAUACGCGUGAUACCGUUAAGGGUUCAAUAGUCGUUGCUUUAGCUCUCCUCGGUUCAUCAUCAUCAACCCUGAGAUCGCGAAGCUUAACAGUGCCGUUUGGGCGAAAGCUAAACACCGAGAUUUUGUCGGACUCCCCAUCAGAACCCACUGCAAUCUUCUCAUCGCACAAAAUCCGAGAGCAUCUGUGUCUUCCAAGACCAUGAGCGGUAAUUUUGAGGGUUUCGAAAGGAUGAACCUCGUCUUCCUCGGCGUCGACUCGGAAAAACAGAAUUGAUUUCCUAUUCAUGGAUGCCGCGAGCAUUCUGCAGGGUCCGGAACUUAUGUCGGUGCCUUCGAGGUAUCCUCCUAGUGUAAGAUACGAUUUUUCCAGCCUGCUAGAGCCUGUUUC